UUACACUGAUGAUUCUACUGCAUCUUUGCACAAUGAUAAAAGGAACGAACACCAAAAGUAAUGAAUACAAACACCUUGAAUUUUACUGUUUAUAGAUCACUUUCAGGCUUAAUUCUGAAUACAAAAGGAGCAGUUAGUAGUGUUUCACUCAAAAUAAUUUACAAUACUAAUUAAUGAUAACGUAAUUUCAUUAUAAACCAUGGCACAAGCACAAGGACUUAUAUAAUUUAGAAAUACGGAAAAGUUUGAGACAUGUUAACUUUAAACUCGGCUAGUGAAAUUCUGAAUAGCUCUUAAAACUUAAAAAAAGAAAGAAAGAAAAAAAGACGACUGAAUGCCCGCGGUUAUGGUCGUGUCGUCACAUGUAAGUUUUCAGUGUAUUUAUAAAAUUCAGUAAUCACAUGUACUGUUAUCGUAUCUAAUACUUCUAUUACAAUGACUGAGUAGAUUUUACAUUAGUUGUGCACUAGUUGUCAGUGACGUGUAAAACGCGAUGAUCGACCCUAAAGCAGUUCCCCGCCCUAUAAUGCCGCUCUAGACCCAAGGCCCAAAACCACACCCAGUCAGUCUUCAUCUGUUGACUGUUGGCAUGUUUAUAUCGAAACGCUAGUAACAUUUAGAACCGGCAAAAUGCUGAACUUUAAGGAUCAACUGUCAAAACGUUCAAUGAUUGAGACAUCUCGAAUUGAAAUGGCAUCAACAUCAUCUGACGUCACACAGUCAUCUCGGCCAUUAUAAAAUGCAAACAUUUGUGUUAAUGUCCCUAAGCGGCUAAAAUCCUUGAUCAGCCUAAAAGAGUGAUCUAGAAUUCCAGGUUUAUUGAAAUGUUAGAUAAGAGUAAGUGCUUAAAAUAUUGAUUCUGUGCCAAAAUCAGUAUGGCAGACUGCGAUCCUAUUUCAUGAUGUAUAAGAAAAUCAGGAUUAUUCUAAAAUGGAGAUACCAUGCUUGCAUAGUGAAUAUCAUAGAUUGAAAAAGGAAUUAUUUUGCUGUUUGGAUUAUUUUCACGGAAAGAUCCUGAAGGCUUGAUCGAUCACUGUCUGCUGGUAURUAAAAUGCUUGAUCGAGCGCCAACCGGAAGUCGUGAUGUCGACUCCACGUAUUUGUACCCACUAACCUUUGCGACCCUGAAGUGUUUAUGAAAACAUCCAAGAUGGCUGUAGAAAGUUUACGCGAGAGAAAGAAGAUUGCUUGGAGAGAACAGUUUUUAGCCAACUUAGAAGACAAGGACAACUGCAAACUAAUAAAGCAAAUCCUAAAGAAAGAUCCCUCGGACAGGUCGGAGAAAGACAGAAGCAUUCUAAAGGAACUAGAGAGUCUCGUUAUGCAAGUUGAAGAUCGCGCCCGGAAGCAAGCCAAAGCAAAGAGAAAAGUUGAAGAGAUAUUAGACCCUGUAGGRGUCUUAGAAGACAAGGUAAACGUUUUAGUGGAAGCCGUCCGCCAAGCGAAAUCCUUGGUCGUUUACACCGGCGCGGGAAUUAGUACCGCUGCUCGAAUUCCAGACUAUAG